AUGGAAGACAAACCCCUGCCCCCCGCAAGCACCGACCCCCGCGACCUCGCCGCCCAAGAAUCCAGCCCCUCAACCCUCUUCAAAACCUUCACCUCAACAACAGCCUGGAAUCUCGGCCUCGCGCUCCGCACCCGAAUCCUCUCCCUCCCACCCAGCCAGCGCAAACCCGCCCUGAUCUCCAUCUCACUGGGGAGCACAAACAGCGCAACCGGAACCCCGCACAUCAUCUUCCAAUGCGCGACGGAGCCGGGGACCGUACCGGACAACGACAUGUGGGUGCGGCGGAAGCGCAAUACCGUUGAGCGGUGGGGGGUGUCGAGCUGGUUGAUGCGGCGGAAGAUCAUUGCGGGGUUGGAGGAGGGUAGUCCGGUUGGGGUUGAGGAGGCGUUUGUGCGGAAGUAUGCGCUGGGGAGUUCGAGUGGGGGGAGGAAUGCGGAUGAUUAUGCGGUGCAUGGGGGUGGGUUCCCUGUUAGGGUGAAGGGGGUUGAUGGGGUUGUUGGAGUGGUUGUUGUGAGUGGGUUGAAGCAGGAGGAUGAUCAUCAGGUUAUUGUUGAGACUGUCAGGGAGUUUAUUGAGCAAGGCAAUAAUUAG